AAACGUAAACAAACAUUGCAGAAAGAAUGAAACUGCUGUGGACGUGUGCGUGUGUUGGAAUGUCAUUCGGUCCGGAUCCGCGGAACGAAUGAACAACGUUUACGGUAAACACUUACAUCACAGAGAGCGACUGACUGUGGACAACGGGAGUUAAAAUCGGUGCCGUGCCGGAGUUUCUAUCGGGUGCUAAAUAAUAAUUUAUGCCGAAAACAAGUUUCUGUUUUUCGGUGAUGCUACGCAUGGUUUAUCCCAGCUGCUACGUGUGAUGCUGUCGUCAUUCAAUUGGUAGUGAUUGUGUGAUUUGGACGUGCCAAACGGAAGCUCGAAUCAACGAAACUACGUUUGAUUUGGAUUUAUGUGAAUUUUGGAAGCGGCGAGAAAGUACCUACACACCCGCCCCGACGUGAUUGCGAAGAAAAGUUUUGUGAUGUAAAUAAAAAGGAAAAUCGCAUUGUCGUUGUGUUGGAAACAAGCAGUGCUGAAGAAGUGUAAAUAAAGCUACCGACAAUCGCCGACCGGACGGUACACGGAAAGGAAUUUUUACCUUUUCUCUUCGCACAUUUCUUGCCGAACCUGAACCCUGGCCAGUGAGCGCGCAGAUACCUACCUACCCAUCUUAGUACCAGACAGUCACCUGUCCAACAUAGUCGAGCCACGGUGAGUGAGCAACGUGCUUGUGUGGUGUGCGCGCGCACGUACGGAACUGUUCCACUUUCACAGUUAGUGAAGCCAGUGAAUCGUAAAAGUAAACUCACCUCCCACCGAAAAAAGGCUGAUUGGGAAACCUUCGGAAUACACAAACCUUUAAAAAAUGUCCCUGAGUCGCAUCUGCUGCCUGCAGUCCCACCUGCGGAUGGUAAGCAAAACCAGCAGUCCUACGGUUCUGAGAUCAGCGCCCCGUCAUCGUCACCCAGUGGUCAACCUGCGCGCAAUCAGUUCCACCGCGCUGGUUCGCGACAAACAAGCAGCAACGGCUAGCACGGCCAAACCCGUCCAGAAGCAGCACGACUGGAAUCGGGCCGUGAGCGAAGCGGAGAAGAUCGUUGGUUAUCCGACGUCCUUUUUGAGUCUGCGCUGGCUGCUGAGCGACGAGAUUGCCAAUGUGGCACUGCACCUGCGGAAGCUCGUUGGCAGUAACCAUCCGCUGCUGAAGACGGCCAAAAUCCUGAUCUACAAUGGCAAAAACAACAUGCAAGCGUGGGGUCUCAUCGUGCUGCUCAUUUCGAAAGCCGUUGGACAUGCCCCGUCCGUUCCGGAUAUGGAACAGGACAAAAGUGCCGGCGUGCUGCACUCGCAGCGUGGUCUGGCCGAGGUUACCGAAAUGAUUCGCACCUCGUCGCUCGUUCAUCAGGGUUUGGUCAACCUACAACCACUGGCAAACGCCGGCAAUGAACUCAGCGGCGAUAGCGAGAUGAUUUUCGGCAACAAGAUUGCUCUGUUAAGUGGAGAUUAUCUGCUGGGGAAUGCCUGUCUGCAGUUGGCGGGUCUUAAGAACCAAGAGUUGAUUGAGCUGAUUUCGUCGUCUGUGCGAGAUUUGGCUGAAUCGAACUUCGUCGGCGAUCGAGAUAUGCAGAACAACCCACUGCCAUCAAAACCGGAACCGGGAUCGGCCAGAGCAGUAUCAAACGACGACGAUUUGGGAUUCGGAGACUUGGAAGACAAUACUCAGCCGUUGAACAUCAAGGACGUGCUAGGGAAUCCCGAGCGGGAGUGGUCGUUGAGGCAUAUCCUCGCGGCUGGAAGUCUGCUGGGCAAAAGUUGCCAGGGAGCGUUGAUUCUAGCAGGCCAACCGGUGAAACUGCAAAAGCAGGCUUACCUGUUCGGAAAGCACCUAUCACUGGCCUGGCAGGCUUGCAUCGAUAUGGAGCCAUUCAGCAGUCCCAACCUCUCGCCAGGAGACCGCUUCAGCCUCAUCUCCGCACCGGUAUUGUUUCAUCUGGAGUACGAUCCGACGUUGUACGAGGAGAUCAAAAAGGGACGAGAAUCAGUGGACAACAUAGACUACGCCAAAAUUCACAGCGAAGUAUUCAAAGGACCUGGUCUGGAAAAGACGUGCAACCUGCAGAAGAAGCAUAGUCUGGCGGCAAUGGCGGUGCUAAAUGAGUUGCCUCCAUCGGACGCUCGGACCGCUCUCCAGAACAUCAUUUUAGCGAUGCAGGACUUGUAAUAUUUAUAACUAAAUAUUCAGCAGGAAAUUGCUACGAACCCACUAUUGAAUUAGACAUAGUGAAUACUCUUCAGUUUUCUUUUAGAGGUAGGAAAGAUGAUGUGCGAAGAUAACCAAACAAAAAACGAAAAUACCAUUCCGUCCAGCGAAAGGAAAAAUCUUUCAAUUGUUACAAUGCUGAUUUGAUGGUGAAACCACUGAAUUGAUGAGGAAAUGAUGGACGUUUCCGAACUAUGUAUUUACUCUUACAAAAUGUAGGCAAUAUUACAUUAGGUAGGACGUAGUUUUUAAGUGGUGAUUGUGUUUGAUUCAUACUCUGAAUUAUAUUUAUAACUGUUGACUUUUGUAGAA